AUGGCUAGAGCUGGCGCUGGUGCCCCCGGAUCUAACUCGCGUGGUCGAGGAGGAAAGUUCAGAAAGUUCACUCGUGGUGGUGGCAAGCACUUCUCCCGGGACCUGAGGCCUCAGGAUGAGAACGGCAACGAGAUCAGCAUGUGGUCGGAAGACGCCCAGAGGCAUAUCGCGUCCCUCUCGGACGAGACGGGCAGCGAUGAGUCUGAUGAGGGCUCCGACGAGGACGGCAACAAGGCACUGAGCCGUGAGGACCGUAAGAAGGAGAAGAAGGCCCGUAAGGAGGCUGCUAUCGCCCGCAAGAAUGCCCAGGCCGUCGAGGAAGGACAGGAGUCCGCCGAUGCCCAGGCCGCCAAGGAGAGGUACCGCGCUCUCCACGAGCAGGGAAAGACGGACGAGGCCAAGUCGGAUCUGGCCCGCUUGAAGCUUAUUCGUGAACAGCGCGAAGCUGAAGCCGCCCGGAGAAAGGCCGAGAAGGAGGAGAAGGACGCCCAGGAGGCGGCUCGCAAGGGCGACUUGAAUGCCAAGCUUGCCUCGAUCGAGGCCAAGAAGGUUGGCAAGAAGUUGAAAUAA